UAGUCCUUUGGGUUAUGAAUAAGUAUUUAAGAUUUUUCCUAAUUUGGUAUUAAUUUAAAAAUAUAUGACAAAAUCACGCUCAAAUAAGUGUAAAUAAUGAUGUAUUUUUAUUUGUUUUUUUUUCCAUUUUAAGCUUUUUAUACAUAGCAUUUUUCAUCUUAAAAUAUUAAAUUCCUCGUCAAAAAAAAAUAAAAAUAAAAUAAAAUAAAAUCAUAUUGCAAGUUUUAAGAAACGGCUUAUUAAAAGAAAAAGAUUAUAGAGUUCAACAAAAGUUAAUUGAAAAUGAAUUCUAACCGUUGAUAUUAUGGAAAUUUGACUGUUGAAAAUGUAUACGUGCCACUAAUCUUGCCUCCUUUGUUUUCAAUUUUUGUUUGCUCCUUUUCACUUUUAUUACACUGCACCUCACUCUCUAUCUCUCCUCCAUUGAAGCGUAUUCUUCCCACUUCUCCAUUGAAGCAUAUUCCAAGCUUUCUCUCCUCCAUUGAAAUUCAACUUCUGAGAUGUCUUGCAGGUGAAAUUUCAUUGUUUUUGGCUGUUAUAUAUGGAGAUAAAUCAAGUUAAUCAACCACAGCAGAUGAGCGGCUCUGUCCCUCUGUCAGAUGCUUCUGUGAAGAGAAAGCGAGGUCGUCCUCGAAAAGAAAGAAGUGAAAACCCUGGAAAAACCCAUCUACCACGUAAAAGGGAUCAAAACCAAAAUCAUGGUGAAGGUGCCCCUGUGCCCCCAGGAUUUGAAGAAGUUGAUGGGAAUCAAAAACCGCCGUCAGCUAAUACAGUUAAGAGCAAUAAAGAGGAUUCAGUGAUUGGCCAAAUAGUUACAGGUGUGAUUGAGGCAGUAUUUGAUGCUGGAUAUUUGUUGUCAGUUCGUGUUGGUGAUUCUGACACAAGUUUGAGAGGUAUUGUAUUCAAGCCAGGACAUUAUGUUCCUGUUUCAGCCGAAAAUGAUGUGGCCCCUAGUUUGCAAAUGAUCAGAAGGAAUGAGGUGCCUUUUCCAUCAAGGAACCAAGGUCACAAGCGUCGGGGGAGAGAGAGAAGUAACCACCAUGCUGCAUAUCCAUCAAAUGGUUCACCUACUUUUAAUCAAUUGGCUAGGGUUCGAGCUACACAAAUGUCUAUUGUGGCAGCGCAACCUACCCACCCAGUGGGAGAAAGAGGCACUGUGGUACCAGUGAUUCUGCAACCAGUGAGCUUGUCAAAUGGUGCAACUCCUGUUGUUGAAGCACCUCCCAUUGCUUCUCAACCUGCUCAUUUGGCAGCCUUGAAAAGCAGGUUGCCUCCUUUGACCCAGGAGGCAGCAACCAAAGGAUCUCAGACAGAUAGUGGUUCUGCUUCGCAACCAAUUGAUGACCAUGUCGAUGCUGCUAAGAGAGUACAAGGGUCACCUGAGUCUGCAGAAACUCAGAACAAUAGUGGACAGUCAAACAAAGUGUUGCCAGAUACUCCGGGGCUUACCCCAGAACAAGUCCAGGACUUGAGUAAGCCCCUGUUGGUUAAGCCCCUACAAGCUAUUUGCUCAGAGCCCCCAGAUCAAUCUGCAUCUAUACCCCCCACUUUUCCUGAGAGAAGAGCAGGCAAGAUGACAGAACUGCUAAUGGCAGUACAGCAAGAAAACUUAAUGGAGAGGCAGAUUUCUGAUGGUCAACAUCAAGACUUCAAGAGCCUGGGAAACUGAACUGAGCAAACGAAAGAACUUGGAAAAUCAUUCUUCAGAAUGGAUGAAAAUUUUGCUCAAAGACCAUAUCUUCCCAAAGUUUCCAUGUUUGGCUAUCUUGUACAGGAAGACCAAUUGAAUCUCUAACUACUUUCUGGUUGGUUAAGACAGUAUGUCAUAAAGCAGCUAUGAAAGAAAUUUCAUCUAAGACUGCGCAUUUUUCCAAGCUGCUCAAGCGCAGUAUCCUGUUCAAGGCAAAGGCAAGGUGGUUGUGCUUAGCUUCCAUGGGGUUCGAGUUUUUUCAAUCAUUGUAUGUUUUUUGAAAGAACUGUAUGAAUAUGUUUAUGAAAAGCUCCAUCAUAAUACAGUUGUGGUUAGUUUCAAGUUAUACAUGAAUUGUUUAGUGUGGUAUGUUGGACUCGUCGAUAAUGGAUAGGAUCUUUUUAGACUUCAAGUAAGAUCCAAUUCCAGACGAGGAGGCCCCAACACUUCGAAAAUAAUUAGUGCAUAUCUUUAAAUUUUGGUUCUUGUGAAGCUCAAUGGGCUUUUGUAUUCAUUUUAAAGUCUUAAUCUUCAUUUCUAGACUA